AUGCUUCCACCGUACAUUAAUAAAGCCAUACUAAUAAAUCCCCGUUUUUUCUCAAAGUUCUCAAUAACGGAGUUUAUUUUAUCACUUAUUAGUUUUUUAACUUCUGGCACGUAUUUCGAAAGAUUUUUAAUUGCUGUUAAGGGUGCGUUGCAUUUAGAAUAUUCCACUGUAAUUUGGUCACCAAGUACGACACAAGCUACUAAUAGACUAGAAAGAAUACAAUACAAACUGAGCAAGCAUCUGGCAAAUCGUACGUUUUUGUCUACAUCUCAAGAAGCCUACAGUAACUUCCAGAUCAGCAAGCUUUCCCAGAGAAGACAAAUAUCGGACUUAAUUUUUGCUUUCAAAAUUAUUAACGGGCACAUCGACUCUCCAGAGAUUCUAGAGAAAGUAGGAAUCAUCUGUCCUAGGUCAAACUUAAGAGCAAAUCGAUUAAUAGAGACAAUUAAAACUACCAAAACCCGAGAAAUAGGAUCGCUAAUCUAA